AUGGAGGUGGACACCGGCAGCAACAUGGAAGAAAAACCGGACGCGGGGAUCUCUCUGGACCCUGUCAUCGAGUCCUUGCGCCAUCAAUUGGAAAACCAGGAGCCGCUUUUUCUAAUCGGGGUUCUCGUCGCUUUGGCCGUCGUUAUCAUCACUUGUGUUUUCCUCAAAUACUUUCUGACCAGUAAAACUGUCCGGAGUGCGGUGCUGCUCGUCGGGCUGUGCGACGCUGGCAAGACGCUUCUCUUUAGCCGACUUCUGUCUGGGAAAUUUAAACGGACUCAGACCUCCAUUACAGACAGUAGUGGUCCCUAUAAAGCCAAAAACGACAAAAACACGACCUGGACUCUAAUUGACCUGCCAGGUCAUGACAGUCUGCGCCCUCAAUAUUUGGAGAAGUUCAAGUCAGCAGCUAGAGCCAUCGUGUUUGUAGUGGAUAGCGCCAUCUUCCAGAAGGAAGUGAGAGAUGUUGCAGAGUUCCUAUACGUGCUGCUGACUGAUGCGGUGCUCUGCAGGAAUGCCCCCACGCUUCUGGUGGCGUGCAACAAACAAGACAUCACCAUGGCAAAAUCAGCCAAACUGAUUCAACAGCAACUGGAAAAAGAACUGAACACACUGCGCGUUACUCGCUCAGCGGCACUCAGCUCUCAGGACGGCUCGGCAGGUGGAAGCGUCUACCUGGGAAAGAAAGGCAAAGACUUCGACUUCAGCCAGCUGCCCAUGAAAGUGGAAUUCCUCGAAUGCAGUGCCCACGGGGUCAAAGGAGAAGAAGCUGAUGCUGACAUCCAGAGCUUGGAGAACAGCCUAGCUAAACUUUAA